CGCCCGCAUCCAGCACGCAGCAUGGCGGAAGAGAGCAAAGGCCCGCGGCGCAUGCAGUACUCGUCCUGCGAUGAUUGCCGUCGCGCGCGUGUCGCUUGUGAUGCGGGUCGCGUGGAGCGUGUGUCCGAGCAAGGCUCAAAGCUUUGCACGCGGUGCGUGACCCGUGGACGGCCUUGCACUUUUAAUUGGAUGCGAGAGGCGAGGUUUAACGCCUCCAGCAGAUCCGCCAAUAAAGCCCAACGACGGCACUCAUAUCGCAGUGAGAAUGGGUCUGUUGCUGCAUCGGACUCUACUACAACUCCUUUACCGACAGGUCCCAGCAUAUCAAAUGGCCAAUGGAAGACUGAAAAUGGCGACUCAGCACUCCGAAGCAUCGAUGAUAUAUUAGAUUCUGUCAUGAGCCGACAUCUUCAAAUCAUGUACUCGGAAACAUGGGAGGUGAUCUUCGGCAACUUCUUGUCAAGAUUCAGCUGUCCCUUCACAUUCGGAGACGAAAGUGUAUCAGAGCGCAUGUUGAGCAUCAGAACGCUAUGCACGCAGCUAGACCGAUGGAUGGCCGAUUCCACAGCAACCACAAGCCCGCGAACCUACACGGAACAAUUCGAUUUGAACGCCGUGGAUGGAGACGACUAUCAGAUUGAUAAAUCGCUCGAUUUGGUCGUUUGUGCGUAUGCAGCUCGAUGGCUGCCUUUGAUCGCACCGAAUGCAGACCCGGACGAGAAUCAGCAGAUCACCGUACGUCUUUGGCGUGAGACUCGACGAGACAUGCUCAGAGUGAUUAAUCGCCCUUCCUAUCGGUCCAUGCUGACAUUGUAUCUCUUUGGGCUCACACCCAUACCUGAGGGUAUCUCGGACGCAGAGGAGCAUGAUGGUCUGUCUGGACAUGUCUGUGUGCAAGCAGCCUUGCAACAAGUUUACAUGCUUCGCGUAAGACAGAAGAGCUUGCAGUUCAAUGGUUCCAAGAUGUCUCCGACAGUGACAAAGAGCAUAUCUCUCGGCACGGAUCCUCUGGCGACAAAUAGCUUUCUCGUCGCUGAAAGUCUUGCGCAUUGGGCAGCUUUGACAUUCGACACGUCGCAGUCAUUCACGCUGAGUGCUCGGCCGAUUCUUUCUUCUGGCCUUUUUGGCUAUGAGGACGACUGGUGUUGGGGCCUCGUCCGGUCCUGUACAGAGAUGUUUCAAAAUACGCGAAAGGAGUGGUACGCCGCCGGCAUGGAGAUCACGGAAUCCAAGGCGAAUCAACUAGUCGCUAGUGGUUCGGCUUUCAAGCUGCUAAUGUUCAAACUGGCCGCAGUCUUCCGAGAGGCACUUCGUGACGGGCAUGAUGAAUCGGUACUGGCGAAGGUCUAUAACGCCGUCAUCGAAGGGGUGGCGCAGUUCAACCGAGUCUACAGAGACUUGCUCGAGGCUUGCCAAAAACGCAUACAUUUCUUGUCGCAGGACACAAAAUUCCGCUGGUAUGUCUUGAUGAUACACUAUCAUCUGAGCAUCCUACUAGUCGUAGAUGCCAUUGAAGGAACGAAUCGGCACGAUCUGCUACCACGACUGUUGACGGCCAAGACCGAUGCGGAGAAUGCCAUGAUCAACACGCUGGCCUUCGGCCUCGAAACAAACUACAGCAUCAGCCUGCAGACAGGCACAGAACCACGACCUACACCUGGCGCGGAGCGUAUCACAGUCCCACUGCAGGCUGUUGAAGCAUAUCCUCACCACAUGGUAGCAGCAGUGCAGCUCAUGUUUCGAGCCAUACGGCGAGAUCUUCGAGCAGAGAAAAUCGGAACGGACACUUAUGUGAAUCUGGCUUCGAUUUUGCAAAGAGUGCUGAAGUUGUUGCCCGACAGCUCGAAGUCAGUGCAAGCUGCAAGGAAGUUGGCGGAGACGUACAAUAUGGAUGCUACAUGACGAGAAUCGUACGAAGAUUGGUUGGGGACCACGACAGCUGACGGCAUGUUGUGUGACCUCUGCUCCAAAUUUGGUGCAGGUUCAUGCCUCACACGAACACCACAGAGCGCAACACGUCCCUCAUCUACCACAUCCUGAUCGAUGGAGGUGCAGGGCACGCGCCCCAACAUUGGUGCAUUACGUGUUCUUGCAUUUCAGAGCGAUUGUCAGUGAGCACACCUUCCUCUACGGCAAACGAUUGCCUAUGCAGAUUGGCCUGGCACGCAGUGCUGCAGAUGUCUGUCCGAGACACGACUAUUCUGCUCGUUGGAAAUCACUGGGAAGCGCCAUACUCUGAUGCAGAGAGUUGCAUAACCUCGAUGAUGGACCACGAAGGUACUGUAGCGCGCUCAAGUUGCGGACAGCAAAUUGGAAACUCGCAAGAAUGGCACUCGUUUCUCCCUCGCCGCG